AUGAUGUGGGUAGGUGUGGUUGUGUUUACUGCACUGGUGAAUUAUGGUGUAGGGGAAGUCUCUCCAUGGUGGAGCUCCGCGGUGUACUAUAGACUUCUUGUUGAUUCUUUUAAAGACGGCGACGGAGAUGGUUUAGGAGAUUUGAAAGGAUUAUCCAAACAAAUUAGUUACGUGAGGGCGCUAGGAGCUGACGCUAUCAUUUUAUCAUCAUUAUCUUCAAAAAACCCAGAUUGCUCACAGCCCGGUAUUAUACAGCAUACUGAAAUAGACCAGCGCUAUGGUAACUUAGAAGAGUUCAGUAAUGUUCUGGAAAAGGCGAAGAAAAUAGAACUCAAAAUACUGAUCACAUUACCGUUGCAAACAAUAAGUACAGCUUCUGAAUGGUUUAAAUCUAGUGCUGAUAAAAUUAAUGGUUUUGAAGACUGGAUUUUAUGGCGGGAAGGUACUGCUGAAGAAAUGCCGCAACUUGAAAAUGGCGUCGAUACUUGGACUUGGCACGAAGACCGCGGUGCACAUUUUGGCGUAUCAGGCAAAGAAGCGCUUCUUAAUCUUUGUUCUGAAGGGGUGGCGGCUGCAUUAGCAGCAGCUCUAUGUGCCUGGCUACGGAGAGGAAUCUCAGGCGUUCUUCUUAAUCCAGACUUUCCUAUGGAGCAACGAUGUGGUGAACAGCUGCUAAGAAAAAUGGUUGUUGAAGCUUUAAAUUGUGCUCGCAGUUUUAAUUUAAAUACUCCGGUAAUAUUAGCAGAUUCAUCUUUGAGUCCAGAGUUAGCAGCUAAAUACUAUUCAAAUAGUGGUGUCGGCGCUAACAGUGUUUUAAGUAGAAGUCUAACCUCUCCAGUGAGGAGCAAUGCUCCUGAAAUAGCGCUUGCUAUCUAUGCUGAUCUGUUGUAUGCACCGGAUGAUAUGGCACCUACGUGGAUUACUAGUAUACCAAACGAAAAUAGAAUAGCCACAAGACAUAGUAGCGAUAUGGUGGACGCAAUAAAUCUAUUAAGCCUAAUCUUGCCUGGAUCUGCUGUCAUACAGCAAGGAGACGAGCUCGGAGCAGCCGAUACUAUCAUGGAAUGGGCAACCUCUUCAACAUGUUGGCCUAGCGAGGCUGUGCCGUCGGCAGCGCCAUUUCCUUGGGAUGAUUCUCCUAACACUGGGUUCACAGCAGGCGAACCAUGGCUACCUUUUACUUCCAACUACAAAUAUGCGAAUGCUAAAUCUGAAUUCAAUAGAAACCACAGCCACGUGGGAAUUGUGAGAAUUGCAGCUGCUAUGAGAAAGUCUCCAGCUUUUGGGCCGCAUUUGGAGAUAAAACGAUUGGGAGAUGCUCUUGCUAUUUUAAGAUGGGGUACUGCUGGUUCUCUCCUAGUCCUCACCAACUUAGCUCGAGACCAAACUGAAGCUCAAUUAUCAAGGAUCCAUGGUUUACCAACCGAAAUGACUGUAGCAGCAAGUUCAACUGGUUCCAGUCUAUCAACAGGCUCACAUGUGACUAUAGACAAAACUAUCAAACUGAUUCCUGGAGAGACAUUACUCCUGGCUGGUGGACACAGGCAUUGUGGAGGUCCAGGGCCAGUGGAUAAAAUAGCCAACAAGUUAUCUGAAGGUUGGCAGAAGAUAAAUAAAUAUUUUAGUAAUAUCUGAGGUUAUCGAGCCAUUGAAGACUAAACAUUCUGUUUUCCAAUAGCUUUGCAAUAACCUAAUAACCUUUGAUAAUACAGUAAUAAUAUAUAUACAGUAA